ACUCAAGAAUGGACAUAAUUUGCAUCAUCAACAUUGAAAACAACACACAGAAUAACGGGAGUGAGUUUGGCCAUGUGGUCUACGUGAUGGGCUGGGUAGUCUUUUCCUUGGGCAUCCCAGUCAUCUUCCUCGCCAUCUAUCUACUCUACUUCCUGAUCAGUGCUAACCACAUGGCGCCCAUCUACGUCAUCAAUCUGCUGAUCUCGGACCUCCUUCAGAUGACUGUUGUACCAGCCAUGCUCCAGGGCGGCUGUCAUUAUGUGGUGCUGCUUGUGUACAACUUUGGCCUGACAGCAAGUGUGGGCUUCAUGGUGUGCGUCGCUCUGGAGAGGUACCUGCUGAUUGCCUUUCCUCUCUGGUACCGUUUCCGACGCAAUGUUAAAUAUUCCUUCAUUGUGUCCUCCAUCGUCUGGCUGUUCCCCUUCUUCGAGUCCAUCAUCCUAUCCCUCACAUCGCUUAAGGCCUCACUGUUCCUGAACGCAGUCCUGACCCUGAUCCCACUCCCGCUGCUGAUCUUCUUCUUGGUGGGAACGCAGGGAGCUCUGUCCGACUCCAUUUCUGUUCCCGUCCUGGAGAAGAGACGCAUCAUUGGCACGUUGGCUCUGGUUCUGGGGAUCUACUGUUUUUUCUUCCUCCCACGAGUCAUACAUGACCUGUUGAUUGCUGUGCGGAGCCCUGUGAAGUCACAUCUGUGGGGCAUCCUGGUGAUGUUCAGCCCCUUGGUGGAUCCCCUCCUCUAUGUGUUUAUGCGGAGAGGGGCCAAGGACAUCCUGAUGGCCUGUCCCUGUCCCUGCCUGGAUAGGCUGCUGCCUGGGGAGCACAACCUUACCCAGACCACCACCAGCGUGACUAAUAAUCCCACUUCCCUGUGACUGGAACCUUGUCAGGAGGAGGUGAGAUUGAGCACAAAGGUUUGAUUGCAGGAACUGUGGUACUAAAAUCAACUAAAAAAAGUGUUAAAGUCAGUAUUACCAUGAUUCAUCUGUCUUUUCUAAUCAGUUGGCUCCAGACAUUUACAGACCAAACCAUGAAAAUAAAAAGUCAAGUUGGAGAACAUUUAUUGAUAUAAGACAUUGAACAUUUACAAAAUAAAUUGUGUUGUAUUGGAAUUGUAUUCUUAAGUCAAUGAUAUUCGCAAAUAAAGUUUUUCAUUUUCAUAAUUUAG